AUGGAUGCUAUGGUAUCAAAACUGCGGGCUUCGGGAGCUACUGUUGUUUCUAUCAGCGAACAGAUCUACAACUCAAGCACGAUUUCGGGAAACUUAGAUGUCCAGAAGUUCAAGUUCCGCGAACUUAUGGAUUUGUACCUGCAAGGUGAAUCGCUUGGAGGCUCCCACCCUUCAAGCCUGUCGGAGCUCAAUACGGAAUCCAAAACAUCAAACUUGCCACUACGAGCUACUUUUAAAACUCACUCAUUGGGUGCAUUUAUAUACCCAGAGCAGCAAAAACCUCGUUGUGAAAAUCGGCUCCCCCAGUCCGGUGGCAUGGAUGGCAUUCUAGGCGCCCUUACAGGAUUACCAGUCGUCACGAUUCCCGCGGGAUUUUCAACAUCUAGCAAAGAUGCACCAAAUGGCGUACCUAUCGGAAUGGAGAUCCUGGGAUUGCUGUGGACAGACCUGAAGCUGCUGAAUAUUGCGAGACGGAUUGAGCAGUUGGGAAAAGUCAGACCGAUGCCAAAGUUCGUUUCCCUGCCUGGACGGCCUAAAAAGUGUGGUGUCGUACCUACUAUUAUCCCAAAUUUAGAAGAUAUUCCUGAAGAGUAUGCGAUUGGCAAGUUGGGCAAUGAGUAA